CAAAAAAAAAAUCAUUUACACUAAUUAAUCUAACUAAACUCCCGCCAUGAUUCCCUUGCUACUUCACAUCAUUCUUCUUUUCUGCCAAAUGACCACGCCAUCAUUAGCAUCAUCGUCAUCAUCAUCAGAACUGCAUGAAAUAGCGAAACGCGGCUGCAAAUCGCGGUGCGGCGAUGUAGAAAUCCCGUACCCGUUCGGAAUACGAGCUGGGUGUUAUCUCGACAAAUGGUUCGAAAUCCUCUGCCUCAAAUCCACACCACUUCUGAGACACGACCCGGAGCUAGAGGUCCUGCAAAUCAACGUGGAAAUGGAGUCAACCAUCAAAGUGAGACACCCAAUAACGUUCUCCAAAUGCCGAGAGAAGAAAUUGUACGAAGCAGCGAAUUUGACGGGAAGCCCCUUUGUGUUCUCGCAGAAAAAGAACAGAUUUACUGCUGUGAGCUGCGACCAGCUCGCCCUGAUGAAAUCGACUAACGAUUACUACGCCGACACUGUGGGAGCUUGCAUGUCCAUUUGCGACAAGACUACGACAGAAAAAAGCUGCAACGGCAUGAACUGCUGUCAAACGACGAUCCCUUUGAACCUCAGAUCUUUUCAUACGGAGUUUGGGGAUCAAAUUUCUAUAUAUUGGAGGAAUAAUAGUAGACGGCAACGAGGGGAGUGUGUGUACGCGUUCUUGGUUGAUCUGGAAUGGUUUCAAGUCAACCACUCCGGUGGAUAUAAGGGAAUUAAAGAGAUGGGCAAAGUUCCUGUGGCGUUGGAGUGGAGCUUGUAUAAUUGGACAAUGGAAGACUUGGGAAUUUCCUUUGCGUUAAACAGUACAAGCUCUUUCCAUUGCGAAAACGACAGGAAUGCAAGCUCUUUUAAGUGUUACUGCAAUCGUGGUUUUGAAGGGAAUCCCUAUAUUGUUGAUGGAUGUCAAGAGAAAAAUGAAUGCAAAUCAGACGGUAAUAACCCUUGCGGGGACGGCAUUUGUAUGAAUCUUUCUGGAAGCUAUCAAUGCUUGUGGCCAGAUGAUCCGAGGAAAAGAACAGCAGGAAAGAGGGUUAUUUUAGGUCUUAGCGUGGGAUUCUCACUGCUAUUCCUACUAAUUUCGUCAUGGUGUCUACACAAGAUUAUAAAGAAGAGACGAAGAACUCGACGUAAGGAAAAGUUUUUCAAACGAAACGGUGGUUUAUUGUUGCAGCAAGAAAUGUCUUCAAGCAAAGUUAAUGUAGAGAAAACCAAGUUGUUCACAGCAAAGGAGUUAAAGAAGGCUACAGACAACUUCAAUGCCGAUAGAAUUCUUGGACAAGGAGGCCAAGGAACAGUUUAUAAAGGGAUGCUAGCAGAUGGAAGAAUUGUUGCCGUAAAGAAGUCCAAAAUACUUGAUGAGGGUAAAAUCGCCGAAUUCAUCAAUGAAGUUGUUAUUCUAUCGCAGAUCAAUCACAGAAAUGUGGUCAAAUUGCUGGGGUGUUGCUUGGAGACUGAAGUUCCUCUUUUAGUAUACGAAUUCAUACAAAACGGAACUCUUUCCGAGUAUAUUCACAACAAGAAUGAGGAGUUUCCAUUUACGUGGGAAAUUCGUUUGCGAGUUGCCACAGAAAUCGCAGGAGCUCUUUUCUACUUACACUCUGCGGCAUCUCGUCCCAUUUAUCACCGCGAUAUCAAAUCUACAAACGUACUCUUGGAUGACAAGUACAAAGCGAAAAUUGCGGAUUUUGGGACUUCAAGAACACUCAACGUAGAUCAGACUCAUCUGACCACACAAGUGCACGGAACAUUUGGAUAUUUGGAUCCAGAAUACUUCCAAUCCAACCAAUUUACCGAGAAGAGCGAUGUUUAUAGUUUUGGAGUACUUCUUGUUGAGCUUUUAACAGGACAAAAAGCAAUUUCGAUGAAUAGAUCGCCCGAGGGUAGAAGUCUAGCCAUAUACUUCAUUCUGUCAAUGAAAGAAAACCGUCUGUUUGACAUCCUUGACGCUAAAGUUAUGGAGGGUCCCAAAGAGGAAGUUUUGGUAGUUGCAAACAUUGCAAAUAGGUGUUUGAGUUUGAGUGGAAGGAAAAGACCUACAAUGAAAGAAGUCACAGUAGAGUUGGAGGGGAUCAAAAUAUCAGAAAAGGCCUCAAAUUUUCAACCACAAUAUGAAGAGAUUGAGUACGCUAGAAAAGGAAAAUUAAUCGAUCCUAAUUGGGAUGUCAUCUCGACAUCAUUUGGGUCAGCUUUGGACAGUACUAGUGGUGAUCGUUCUUCUUCUUUGCAUGAACUUCCACUGCUCUCUUUCACAGCACAAAAUUGAAGAAAGAAAUAUACAAAACGUCUAACAAUACUAGCGAGAUGUUUAGCUAUA